CGGUUUCUCUGGCUCCGGGCUCCCGGAACACUUCCAAAACAACAUGCACGGCCCGCCGUGGACUGCUUAAUACCCCAGCUCAGUUUAUUAAAUCAAAGAUAGCACUGGAAAAGUAGAACCACAACUCGGAGAUCUUUCUUCUUUUCCCAGCAACGUUGUGUUGAAAGUGCGCUAUUGUUCAUCGAUGUGAGGGAUGGACGCCGAUGCCACCGCUCUCGCCUGUCUGGCAGAAAUCCGCCGCCAACCGCUUCACAUCAAAAAUACCGUGAAAAAUAUCUUUGUCACUCAGCUGGGAGAACGAAGAGAUGAAAAUGAAAAGGUUAAUUAUAUUCCAAUAAUCAAAGAGCCUGCUGGAGAGAUCCUCGUGAAUGACUGCAGAACACAUCAGAGCACUUUAGUGCUGAAGAAAGAGGUGGAAGUUGAUGAAGUUAAUGCUGAACUCGCAGCUAAACGGGACGAGUUCCACCAACGUAUGGAAGCCAUUAGCCAGCGGAGGGCAGAAUUUGAAAGAAAAGAGCAGGCGAAUAAGGAAAGAGCCCUGAGGUUUGAUAAGUUUAUCAAGGAUAAUGAGAUUAAAAGAUGCCGUGCCAUUAAAAAGCACCAGCUGGAAGUGAAGGAGAAUGAGAUGAACCAAAGGGAGCUGCAAGACCUGACCCAGCAGUUAGAAGAGAUUAAAUCCAGGCAACAGAAACUGCAGAAAAAGGUGUCAAACUACAAGAUGUAUGAAGACUACCUCCUAAAUGUUAUUGACAAAUUACCAGAAAAUUACCUGGAGAAUAGUUCAGAAUCUCUGGUGAUGUGUGUCAUUCAGAAAUAUGAAACACUGCGAUCCACCAGUGAGGUGUUGGUAAAUAAUCUGAGCAGGUUGUCUGAUCAGCUGGAACAGCAACAGCACAACUUGGAAACGCUGCAUCAAGAAUGCGAUACCUCAAAACUGAUGAUGACUAGCCAGCUUUCACAACUCCAAAUGGAAUAUGAUGCCAAAAAGGAGAAGAACAAACGGAUGGAGCAGAUAUUAAAUCUGCACAGAGGCAACUUCAUCCACCAGAGUGAAGAGGUUGGCGCUCUCCUAUUGGCUAUUAACAAUCUGGCAGAUCAGUGCUAUUUCAGGCAUUAUGGGAUAUUGGAGGAAAUGAUUAUUCUGACAAAACUGAACAUGGUAAAGGAAUUCAUCGUGGAAAAGAAAACGAUUACCCAAAUGGCAUUACACAUGGAUUCAACAACAAUCAGUAGUACCUCAGACCAAAUUCAGAAUAAACCAGGAGUAACUAAUAAUGCAAAACAACAGACCAAUACGUCUCUCGCAAAUUCUACUAAAAUGGUAGCCCAACAUAAGAAUUUAAAAAGUCAUUAAAUUCCAAUGCUUAAUGUUUGUUUCAAAAGAAAAUCUGAUAUUUACCACUGAUCUACAGAGACUAUUAAUCUAUAGUAGUGUAGCGGGUAGCAUGAUGCUAUUACGGUUUGGGGCAUUCCAGAGUUAAUCCGGACUGUCUGUAAGGAGUUUGUACGUCCUCCCUUUGGAGUGUGUGGUUUUCCCCAGGUGCACUGGUCUCCUCCCACAGUACAAGGACAUACCAGGUUAGUCCUGACGAAGGGUCUCAGCCCGAAACGUUGACUGUACCUCUUCCUAGAGGUGCUGCCUGGCCUGCUGCGUUCACCAGCAACUUUGAUGUGUGUUACAUACCAGGUAGGUUCACUGGUCAUUGUAGAUUGUCCUGUGAACUGAACUGGACUGAACUAUGACCUUUGUGUUUUAUCUUCUGUGUUUUUACUCUUUUUUUAUGCUGCUGUUUGCAUAAUG